UUAGAAAAUUUUUGGUUACAAAAGCUAAAAACAUCUGGCAACACUACUUGUGUGUCUGUGAAAGCAUGGCUGUUCCUGAUCGAGUGUUCCCGGAUCUGAGUGAAUUUCGUCUGCAAGAUCUAUUUCUAGUGACACAGAAUAAACAAGAAAGCAUUCGGUGGGCGAUGGACAAUGGUCUGCUAAAAAAACAACGCAUUUGCGAAAACGGACGUUGUGUGGGAGUAAAUGCAAUGAGAUUAGAAGAGACGGACAGAACAGACGGCUUAGUUUGGCGAUGUUCAGCAGGUAGGGCUUGUCGAAAAAAGAUUUCUAUUCGCAAGGAUUCAUUUUUCGAAAACAGCCAUUUGCCAGUAUCAAAAAUUCUUCAAUUAGCAUAUCUGUGGGCCUUUCAGCUCGACAAACAGGACUUUCUCAUGAGAGAACUUCAGAUUGCUUCUGCCCACACAAUUCUGGAUUGGAAACAGUUCUGUCGUGAUAUAUGCCACGAAUGGUUUCUUCUAAAUCCAAUUGUCAUUGGAGGGUCCGGCCACACUGUUGAGAUUGAAGAAAGUUGUUUUGUUCGUCGGAGUCGUCUCGUCAGAGAACAGUGGGUUUUUGGAGGAUAUGAUGUGCGUACCAAGGAAAGUUUCAUGGUCGCAGUAGAUCACCGAAAUGCCUCCACGUUGCUGCCCAUCCUACAGAAGUUUGUUCUACCUGGAACAACUGCAGUUUCUGAUUUGUGGGCCAAAUAUAAUAUCUCUGGAAACAAAGAGUACCAACAUCUUACUGUAAAUCAUUCGGUGAACUUUGUCGACCCUGUCACUCAUGCCACCACAAAUCGUGAGAAAUGUAUUUGGCAGAAGGCCAAGGAAAAGAAUAAACGUUGCUUUGGUAAUCGUCGUGCCAUGCUAAAUAAUUCUCUAGCAGAAUUUUUAUGGCGUCAACAAUUUCAAAGAGAUGCGUUUAAAAAUUUUAUUUCUCAAGUGCGUCAGGUUUAUCCUGAUGCGGCUAAUUAAUUGACACUGUUAAAGAG